GUGGAAGCGAGACCAAGGUCUUGCUCUACUGUUGGUCCUUAUGAGAUCCAGUCCUGGCAACAUGCAGAGGAUAGUCAUCUGUCUAAUGGUCAUCUUCUUGGGGACAUUGGUCCAUAAAUCCAGCUCCCAACAUCAAGAUCGCUUCAUGAUUAGACUGCGUCAACUUAUAGAUAUUGUUGACCAGCUGAAAAAUUAUGUGAAUUUCUUGGACCCUGAAUCUCUGCCAGCUCCACAAGAUGUAAAGAGACACUGUGAGCAGUCAGCAUUUUCAUGUUUUCAGGAGACCCGACUAAAACCAGCCAAUGCAGGAAAUAAUGAAAAGACGAUCAACUUAUUAAUCAAAAAGCUGAAGAGGAAACUACCUCUCACAAACACAGGGAGACAACGGAAACACCGACUAGAACUGACCAACAUGAUUCCUGUCUGUGUCAUUGCUUACACUCACAUUGGAAGAUGA